UUUUUUUUUUUUUUUUCCCUGGGAACCAAUUUUUUGGAUCUUUUUUUUUUUUUACUCUCUUCAAACACGCUAUUUCUUUCUGUAAUGUCCAUUGACCCAAGUUUAUACGCUGAUCCAAACUACUUUAAAGUCUCUUUGAAGACCCCCAUGGCUAUUGCUAUUGCAGGUGGAGCUGACAGUAGAAAAAAAGCAUUUUGUGAUGCUUUAACAGCGCGGUUAAACAAAAAACAUGCCACCAAGGUUGCACUUUUAAGUUUAACUCAGUUCUACCGAGAAUUAAGUCCCAAAGAGAGAAUAGCUUACGAAGCUGGUGACUUUUAUAGCGACCAUCCCAGCGCAUUUGAUUUCAAGGCAUUGGAAACGGCUCUUUGUUCCUUAUUGGCUGGUAAGGCAACCACUGUGCCUGAAUGGGACGCCUCUAACCAUACAAGAAAGGGUACACGUGUUAUUGAGCCUGUAGAUGUGAUUUUGGUGGAGGGUACACUUGUGUUGUAUCAGCAGGAAGUAUGUGAUUUAAUGUAUAUGAAGGUGUUUAUUGAUGAGGAUAGUGAUGAGAGAUUGGCUAGACGGGUCCGUAAGACAAAGGUGCGAAAUGGUCAUGUGUUGGAUAUUAAGGAAGUACUGAAGGAGUACGUUGAAAAGGUCAAGCCCAUGUUUGAAGAGUACAUUUUACCUAGCAAGAAAUUAGCUGACAUUGUAAUUCCAAGAGGCACUGAAAAUACAAUUGCUCUUGCAGUGCUUACAAAUCGCCUUGAACAAUAUAUUGAAUCUCGCACAGAGCAAAAGAAGAAGGAUGUGAUUAUUCCGGGUGCUACUGAAUUAUUUGCUACCUCUGUCAAUAGCUCCUAUAAGAACAUACCAAAAUAAAAAAUGCCCGUGCACUGUUACAGUGGGGUGCGCCAGGGGGUUAUAAUAUUUUACCCGCCUUUUGCCAGUACCUGUUAUGUGUGACAAGCUUUGGAUUGGAUGCUGAUAUCAUCACUCAUUUUCAUUGGCUGAAAAUAUCAGAUAUUGUCGGUCCCCUUGCUUACAUUUUUAUUACUCCGCCUUAUAAUUUUUGUUUGCUUGCUCUCUUCUUGUUAUUAUUUUUAUAGUCAUUCCAC